AUGAAAAAAAAAGAAACCAAAUUCAAAAAAACUUAAGUAAACAAGAGAACAUUCCCUAAUUUUUUGAAAAUGAUUGACGAAAGAAAUGUAAGAAAUCAAAUAUUGUUAGUUUGAUUUGUUUAUAUCUUCAUAUAGCGAUAUUCACCCAGAAAAUAUUUUUCAUUGCGGAUUCAUUUAUACACAUAAACAAAAUGAAAAGUUAUCAAUAAAUGAAGAUGCUGCCUUUUUAUUGGAUAAUAAAAUUUGGUUUGCAAGAAUUGAAGAAAUAGUGAAAAUUGUAAUAAAUGGUGAAGAUGCAGGAUUUAUUAAGGGUCGUAUCUAUUUAUAAAAGCCAGAUUUAAUUGGUCUGCAUGAGAAAAUAAAGGAAUGUACAGAAGAUGAUUUAUUUCUAACCGAACAAACAAAAUGGUUCUUUUGUAAAGAAUUAAGAAAAAAAAUAAUGGUGUAUAAUCUUAAUGAUAUAAUUCAAAACAAUAUUGACACAAAACCUGGAUCGUUUUAUACUCGUUCCGAGUUUAAUGUUGAAUCCUAAAAAUUUCUAACACCAGUGGAAGAGUGGGCGACUGAAUGUAUUUGCUAAAAAUUAUUUGAUAAUUCUUUGGGCUAUUUAUAAUGUGACAGGUGUUAGAGAUGGAUACAUUAUGAUUGCAGCGGAUUGCCAAAAGAAAUACUUGAAAAUUUGGAUGAUCAUAAUUUCAAUUGUUUGAUAUGUAUAGGUGAAAUGAAAGUAGAAAAAAUUAAGAUAAAAUAAAAUGAGUAAUAAAAAGUAGUUGAACAAUCCAAAUAUGUUGAUAAUAGGUAAAAUUAAAUUAUUGACGAGAAGAUAAAAAUUGAAAAGUAAGAUAGAAAACCACUUAAAAGUAAAUAAGUAUUAACUUAAAGCAUGAAUCACAAUAAGCUAUUUAUAAAUGAAAAAAAUUCAAAGAAACCUAUUCAAAAGAUUAAAAGUAAAUGA